GUGCGCGACACACAGACGCCCGCGUACCACCGCCGUCGAUGUACAACACAAUAAUAAAUAAAAAUACAAUUACAAAUUGGUAGCGCAACAAUAAUAUUAUUAUUUUGUUAAAAAGUAUAUAUAUAUAUAUUAUACACGCGACUGCGAUCGUGUCUGUCCGUUCGUUGUGACACCUUUGUUAUAGAGUAUAUUUAUAUCUUUUUUUUUUCCGUCUUGCCGAUUUUUUUUUAAAUCUUCGUUAGCGGAGAAGUUAUUACCGUCUUUUUUUUAGAAAAAAAAAAAAUUAUUACCGUUGUCGCUCGUGACGACAUGUCCGAUUCGCCGGGUGCCGUCGCCGAUCCGACGGAACCACCGCCGCCGCCUGAUGGGGCUCCCGGUUCGACGCCGGCUAAAAAAUCCGUGCUCCCGGCCGAGCACCCACAGCAACAACAACAACAACAACAUUCACCACAACAACAACAUCUGAACGGUGGUUCGCCUGCGGCCGUGGCGGCCGUCACCAACGGGACAGCACCGGACACGCCGCGCAAGAGAGGUGAUGUCAAAGACGAAACAUACAAGUCAGAAAAAAAUAGAAAUUCUGGAUAUGAAACGAAUUUAUACCUCUAUUCCGAUGAGCUGGAAGACCGCCCAGAAGUGGCAACGUUUCUCAACUCGAUUGCAGAUUAUGCGAACACAAUCCCAAGUGCAAUGGACUCAGACGUUAAACCGACUACGGUUAAACCGGCAAGGAUGGGCACGCUGGUCGGCGUAUACCUACCUUGUGUUCAAAAUAUAUUCGGUGUCAUAUUGUUCAUUCGACUUUCAUGGGUAGUCGGCACGGCCGGGGCUAUUUACGGAUUUGGAAUUGUGUUCACUUGUUGCUGCGUGACGAUGCUGACUGCAAUAUCCAUGAGUGCCAUUGCCACGAACGGCGUGGUGCCGGCUGGCGGACCUUACUACUUGAUCUCUAGAUCGUUGGGCCCAGAGUGCGGGGGAGCGGUCGGAAUGCUCUUCUACACUGGCAUUACUCUGGCCGCGUCCAUGUACAUCAUAGGAGCCGUCGAAAUCAUUCUAACUUACAUGGCGCCGAGCUUAUCGAUUUUCGGUGACUUCACCAAAGACAGCACCGUAAUGUACAACAACUUUCGGGUAUACGGUACCAUAUUACUCAUGGUGAUGAGCUCGAUCGUGUACGUGGGUGUUAAGUUUGUCAACAAGUUUGCCUCGGUAGCUCUGGCCUGCGUACUGCUUUCCAUAUUGUCCGUUUACGUGGGCAUAUUUUAUAACUUCCAUGGAAGCGAUAAACUCAUUAUGUGUUCGUUAGGAAACCGUUUGCUGAAGGACAUGGAUAUGAAAUACUGCAACAAGGACCCGGGCGGUUACCUGGAAAAGAUCUACUGCCCCAAUGGCACCAACUCUUGCGAUGCUUACUAUACCAGUCACGACGCCUCGGUAGUGAAAGGCAUUCGAGGUCUUAGCAGUGGCGUUUUCUUUGAGAAUAUUUUUGGAAACUUUUUGGAAACUGGACAAUACAUAGCCAAAACACACAAGGUCGAAGACAUACAGCCGCUGCAAAAAAACACGUACAACAUGGUUAUGGUCGACAUAACGACAUCGUUUACAAUAUUGAUCGGCAUAUUUUUCCCGUCUGUUACCGGCAUAAUGGCCGGUUCAAAUAGAUCCGGAGAUCUGGCGGACGCACAAAAAUCUAUUCCUAUAGGUACGAUAUUGGCAAUCUUGAGCACUUCGACGGUGUACUUGUCGGCCGUAAUACUAUUCGCGGCCACGGUGGACAACUUGCUUCUCAGGGACAAGUUUGGUCAGAGUAUUGGCGGUCGUCUAGUCGUUGCUAACAUCGCUUGGCCUAACGAGUGGGUGAUUUUGGUCGGUGCUACCUUGUCCACGUUAGGUGCGGGUCUUCAGAGUCUUACUGGAGCGCCUAGACUGCUACAAGCCAUAGCCAAAGACGACAUCAUACCGUUCCUACAACCGUUCGCUAAAUCUUCAGCUUCCGGCGAACCCACCCGAGCACUGCUCAUUACAGUAGCCGUUUGCCAGGGAGGUAUCUUGAUUGGAAAUAUAGACAACCUUGCCCCACUGUUGGCAAUGUUUCUAUUGAUGUGUUACGCUUUUGUCAACCUGGCUUGCGUCUUGCAGACACUGCUGCGCACUCCCAACUGGAGACCUCGGUUCAAAUUCUACCACUGGACCUUGUCGUUUACCGGACUGACGUUGUGCAUAGCCGUCAUGUUCAUGUCGAGCUGGUACUUCGCGUUGAUAGCACUGGGCAUGGCCGGCAUCAUAUACAAAUACAUCGAGUAUCGAGGAGCCGAAAAAGAAUGGGGAGACGGUAUGCGAGGGUUGGCCCUGUCGGCGGCCAGGUACAGUUUGCUCCGGUUGGAAGACGCGCCGCCGCACACUAAGAAUUGGCGACCUCAGAUACUGAUGCUGGUCAACUUCAACGCGGACCUGCCCAAGUAUAGAAAAAUCUUCUCGUUCGUGUCGCAACUGAAGGCGGGAAAAGGAUUGACGGUGAGCGCGACGGUGAUUGAGGGUGACUACAUCAAACCCAGCCACGACAUCCAAGCGACUAAGAAGGAGCUGGUCCGCCUGAUGGACGAAGAGAAGGUCAAAGGGUUCGCGGACGUGCUAGUAGCCAAGGACACGUCUGAGGGAUUGAGUCAUCUAAUACAGAUUGCCGGUCUCGGAGGCCUUAAACCCAAUACGGUUAUAUUGGGGUGGCCUAACAGCUGGCAACAAUCCGAAAACGACCGUUCAUGGCAAGUGUUCUUGCAAACUAUCCGCAUCGUUACGGCAGCUAAAAUGGCACUCAUCGUACCCAAAGGCAUUAGAUCUUUUCCGGAUUCAGCGACUAAGCUAUCUGGUACAAUCGAUAUUUGGUGGAUUGUACACGAUGGCGGUAUUCUGAUGUUGAUACCGUUCCUAUUGAAACAACACCGGACCUGGAAAAACUGCAAGCUCAGGAUAUUCACCGUGGCACAAACCGACGACAACUCCAUUCAAAUGAAAAAAGACCUCAAAACGUUCUUGUAUCAACUGCGCAUUCCCGCUGAAGUCGAAGUAGUCGAAAUGACUAAUUACGACAUUUCGGCUUAUACGUACGAACGGACUCUCAUGAUGGAACAACGUACUCAGAUGUUAAGAGAACUCAGACUCAACAAAAAAGAAUCCUUCGGAAUGAUGCGUAAUAUCAUAGAUUUCAAUCGGGAAACACCGACUGGAGAGAACACGCCACUGGUACAAUCCAUAAUCGACCAACAUCACAGAAAAGAUCAGUCGGAAGGGAGAUCGGCUACCAAAGUACGUUUCCAGGAAGAAUCGAGCGCCGAAGAUAAAUCAAAAUCCGCGGAGAAUACCAAUGAGAAACGGGCAAACGGAGACAAACCCGGAGUGCUUAAGGAACCAGCGCAAAAAGAGACAACCGAUUCAUCCACGUCGACGUUAAGACCGGACGAAGACAACGUGAGGAGAAUGCACACUGCGGUUAAACUAAAUGAAGUCAUUGUAAGUCGAUCGAGAGACGCUCAAUUGGUUAUAUUUAACCUGCCAGGACCGCCCAAAGACAACAAAUCGGAAAGGGAAUCAAACUACAUGGAAUUUUUGGAAGUAAUGACCGAAGGCCUAGACAAAGUGUUGAUGGUCCGAGGUGGUGGUCGCGAAGUGAUCACCAUUUACUCGUAGACAACCUGAGUUGCUCAUGUCUUUGUCAAUCAGGUACGAAUUUUUUAUACUCGUUCACGCAUUACUUUUUUAAUGAUAGCCGGAAACUUCUCAAAAACGCCCAGCGUCUAUCGUCGUUUAUAUAAUGUACUAUUAUUAUUAUAGCUGUUAUAUUUGUUUUGAUUUCUACGUUUUAUUAAUUUUAUUAUGUUGUUCGUUUUUUUAUAGAAUUAUUCUAUUUAAUUGUUGCACAUUAUACUCAUAAGUCGUUCGUUGAAUUUUGAUUAUUUUAAACAAAAAAUAGUCAUUAUCAUCACUAUAUACUGUUUUUUUUUUACUAAAACGUUUACGAUAUUUAUUGUAUUGUUAAACAUAAUAAUAACUAUUAAAUUGUACGCUCCCGUUUUAAUUAGGCCUAUUAUUAUUGUUAUGAUUAACGUAAUACUAUAAAUACAAUGUAUACAUAAUGUGACAUGUGUAAGCACUACCAAAAAAAUCAGAAAUUUUCACCAAAUAAUUUCGUAAAUAGCUUAUAAAUAAAUAUAAUAGUAUAUAGUGUAAUGCUACAUUAUGUUAAUUUAGAUGCAAAUUUUUAAAAGUCACGGUUUUCCUUGUCUCGUUAUAUAUAUGUUAUUUAUUAACCGACGAUACUAGUUUGAAUAAGGUGUCGGACGUAGCAAACAACAUUAUUUAUACGAGAUUUUACUAUUGUAACGAAUAUCAUAUAUUUUUAGCAGUCCCAACUGUCAUUUAUACACACCAAACUAUGUUCAUGUUAUUGUCGCGCAUAUAACAAUGAAGUUUUCGUAAAUACUUAUUAAUUUUAACCCAUCAACGAACCAAAAAAAAUAAACGAAUGGACUUUUCUACUUAAUUGGAAAAUCACUUACGCUUCACUAACCGCAAGAUUGCCUAUUAUUUUAAUUUAAAAUCAUUAUUAUUAUAUCAUAUGUAUUCAAUUAUUCACUGCCAUUCGUUAUUCUUUUAUCAUACACGAGUUAAUUAAAAUAGCUUCCGAGCACGAUUGUAGAGUAGACUUACACGUCGUGUCCUUCUUUAUUGUCGGACCCCAAAGCACGUGUCCUUUUAACCAAUUUACCUUGUCAAUAUAUUAUUAUUGUCUUUGAAUAAAUACAUUUAAAAAAAUUUGAUUUAUUUAACAAACAACACAAUUUGUUGUGAAAAAACAAAUAUAUGUAUAGUUAAUUAUUAAUUACUUUUGCCAGAGUCGCCCCGAGUUUUUAUAACAACAAAAUAUAUCAUACAUAGUAUCUACUUAAUAAAAAAAUUGAUAUACCAAUCGAAAAAGUGGGAGUUAUAGGUUUAAUGGAAAAAAAAUGUAAAUCAAACAUCACGUACCUAUUUAUGUUUCUUCGGCGCAUCUAAAUUUUGCCUUUACAAUAUUGCACACACGGCAAUUAUUUUAAACAUAUUUACUAAUAUUAUCAAACGAUUUUUAGAUAAUUUGGACAAGAAAUUAAAAAUUGUUAAUAUUUCAUAAUCAAAACAUUAAAAAUAUAUAUUACGCUGUGUUAGUAUAUUUUGUGUUGGUUGUUUCGUUGUAUUUAUUAUUGUUUUAACGUCGCUAUAAUUAACAUUCCUAUAUAAUACACGAUUACUAUAAUAUUAUAAAAUGCUUAGCUAUGAUAAAAUAAAUGUAAUAUACAUGAAAACAUCCUUAUUGCCUUGAUUAUAUAAUAAAAUAAUUAUUUAUUUUAAGCACUUUGAUUAUUGUUACAUAUAUAUUUAUAUUAAUAUUAUAUUAUGUUACGUUAUGUUAUGUUUGUUAAUAUUUUAAUACUUUAUAGAUAGCUACCCCCUUUUUUUUUAGUAAAACCAAAGAAAAUAAAUAACUCUUGUGUCUUUUAUCAGUUGAAUAUGUAUUUAUUUGUUGUUUUUUUUAACUUUAAGAGACAACGUUUGUUACCUUAUGUUUUUCGAAUACUGUUACCUAAACCUAUUUACUAUUUAUUAUUGUUAGAAUAUAUAUUAUUAUAGUUAUUAUUAUUAUUAAUUUAUAUAAUUUAUAUGAUUUGUUAUCGUUUAAUUAUCUUAUCUUAUCUUAACGAACAAAAUAAUUAUCAAUUAUACACAUAAUAAUUUGCUCCAGUACCUAUUCUUAUAAUAUAAUAUUAUAAUACAUUAUUAUUAUAUUUAUUUAAAGUUGUUGUGAACAUAAAAAUAAUAUA